UCCGGGUACGUGCAGGUGCGUCGUGGCUGCGAACUCGUUAAAAAGACAAGCCUCGCACCUUUUUCGACUCUUUCAUCACCGCUCGCAGUUGGAUUCAUCGGCUCGUCGCUUCAUCGCCAUCGUCACUCGCAGAUUGCUCUUCCUCUCUCUCACUCUCUACGCUUCUUUAGCACAAUGUCUUCCGAGGAGAUUACCCACGAGACCAUCAAGGAUGGCUGGUUCCGAGAGAUCUCGGAGAUGUGGCCCGGCCAGGCCAUGACCCUCCGCGUCGAGAAGGUCCUCGUCCACGAGAAGAGCAAGUACCAGGACGUGCUCAUCUUCAAGUCGACCGACUUUGGCAACGUCCUGGUCCUGGACAACGUCGUCCAGUGCACCGAGCGCGACGAGUUCUCCUACCAGGAGAUGAUCACCCACCUCGCCAUGAACUCUCACCCCAACCCCAAGAAGGUUCUUGUCAUUGGUGGUGGUGAUGGCGGUGUCCUCCGAGAGAUUGUCAAGCACGACUGCGUCGAGGAGGCCAUUCUCUGCGACAUUGACGAGGCUGUCGUCCGUCUCUCCAAGCAGUACCUCCCCACCAUGUCCGUCGGCUUCGACCACCCCAAGGUCAAGGUCCACAUCGGCGACGGCUUCAAGUUCCUCAACGACUACAAGAACGAAUUCGACGUCAUCAUCACCGACUCUUCCGACCCCGAGGGCCCUGCCGAGGCCCUGUUCGAGAAGAACUACUUCAAGCUCCUCCACGAUGCCCUGAAGGAGGGCGGUGUCAUCUCUACCCAAGGUUCCGAGAACCAAUGGCUCCACCUGCCUCUCAUCACCCAGCUCAAGAAGGACUGCCGCUCCAUCUUCCCCGUCGCCGAGUACGCCUACACCACCAUCCCCACCUACCCCUCGGGCCAGAUCGGCUUCAUGGUCUGCUCCAAGGACCCCAACGCCGACGUCAAGACCCCUCUCCGACAGUGGACCAAGGAGGAGGAGGAUGAGAAGUGCCGAUACUACUCUUCCGAGAUCCACAAGGCCAGCUUCGUCCUGCCCAAGUUUGCCGAGAAGGCCCUCGAGUAA